AUGGCCUACACAGUUGGGUCUGGCCAAGCGAGUGUCAAUCAUGCUCGAUCCCUGGCGCGGGUUUACGAUAGCGAUCUCUUUACGUCACAACGAGAAAGAGGGCUUCACGAAAGAGCCAAAAAAGCUCGUGUAAGCUUACCUUGCCCCAUCACAAUGGUGCCAAUAUUAUUGAGGGAAUCAUCUGAGUUGGAUGCAGCUGCUAGUCUGGUGGAAUGGCCGUUUAUUCUUCCCCAUGAAUUUGUGCGCACCCUUGUGGCCGAAGGCUACCUCAACGUUUUGGUGGGCGAUGUCAAAGACAUUCCAGGCUUCUGGGAGCACUUUCUGAAAGAUUUCCCCGAUCACCCUGCCGCGGUUGCAACCCUGCAUUGCUUCAUCACCGGGUUCCGUGGAGAUUGGAAAGCCCUCAAACAGGUAUUCAACCUGCGCCGGCACGCCAGCACGGAUGAGAUAUGUUGGCUGUGCAAAGCCUGCAAAGGGCUAGAUGAUGAUCAAUCUCCUCUGAUCUUUACGGAUGCCCGAAACAGCGCGGCUUUCUGGGGCACCAUUGGCUUGGAGGACCCUUGGAGCCAAUCCCCGUCCUACGCAACCUUGGUGGGGUUUUCUGGCCCUGGCAUGAUUCACGCGGACCUAUUGCACGUAUAUCACCUCGGUGUUGGUCGGGAUGCUUGCGGAGCACUUCUGAAACUCAUGAUGUCCAAAUACCCAACUGUCUUUUUUGAAGGAAACAACAUUCCUGCGAAAAUGCAGGCGGCGACAAAGCAACUCAAAGAGUACGCAGCCUUGCACAAGCUUCCCCUUAGAAUGAAGCGGUUUUCCAAAGCUAAGAUUAGUUGGAAAAAGAAGUCGUUUCCUGAACUGAAAUCAUCAGGCUAUGACACUUACGUGAUUUCCCGGUGGCUUGGCCACGUUCUUUCCCUUGCCCAAGGCAGGAAUGAUGAAAUCAACAAAUGGGCCACUAUGAUGUGGGCCAUUAACCUUGUCCUGUCCCUUUUGUCUCGUGCUGGGAGGUGGCUUACCCCGGAAGAGCAAGACAACAAAGUUGUCGUUGGCAAAAUUUUUGUGACAAUCUACCUUUCCCUUGCGUUUGAUUCCAUUCAGAACAACGUUGUUGGCGAGUGCGGCCAAAGCUGCACUUGCUGCAUCACAUACUGCUGUCAAGUCCCCAGUCCUUCUCCAACCCAAAUUCAUUUUCAACUUGGAUGGAUGAGGACAGUUUGA